UGGCGCAGAGAAAAUCAUCGUACCCUGGUACCAACACUCCAACUGUCGAGAGAUUACCCCAGGUCCCCCAGUACCUACCAUUCUCCCACCAUCGAAUCACCUCUCGUCUCUCGUCAGGCGCAGUCCUGGGGCUGUAGCUGCAGCCACGCUGCUACCAACGUGCGCGUGUCCUGCACGUAUGUGUGUGUGACUUUUUAAUAAAAUAGUUUAGUCGUGUCAACAGGUACUACGCGAUGAUCUCCAGUAUUCCCAAUAUUUCGCCGAUAAAUCUUGUCGUGUGAGAGGACGAAGACGACUUUGGUGAUGAUUAUUAUGAUGUGCUGUGACUGGUAUUGCUGAAAUUUACGUGACAGUAUUGGUGGAGUAUUGCGUGAUCUCUCUAGUGCAUUCUUGAAAUUCCGGAAUUGGUCCAGCUUGAUCAGUGCUACAUUCAGAUUAACGGUGGCACUUCCAUAAACACUCGUCAAUGACACGCCAAGAAUGUGAAAACGGUUUAUCAACAAAAAAUGCCACUGUAACCACACCCUGGAUGAUUCAAAUGGGCAGCAGAGGCCCAUUAUGGCCCACUUCGAGCAACCACUCCAUCAGCACGAAUUUCUACCCCUGUGCGAUGUACUAUUCAACAUAAUAUCCCUAGCGUCUUACUUCUGUGAUGUUGUUUUCGAUUUGGCGAUGGGGUACGCUUUAGCGAAUCAUCCGACAGCUCCGCCAAUAUUUUUUCCCCUGAGCAUUGGAUUCGUGGUUGGAUCGUUGAUAAUUUCCCAAAUCAUAAGCAUGAGGUGGUACUUGUGGGGUGCCCGUGGGAAACUGGCCAUCCACGUCGCCUCCGACGACUCGACCUCAUGCAAGAAGAAAUUAAAUUGGGCUGUGUGGUGUGUUAUCGUUCUUCAUACCACACAGAUCGGAGUCUUGUGGAGAUACUUUAAAUUAUUUAUUCCUGUCAAUUUGACAUUUGUUAAACAUGAGGUCCGAGAGCUGUGCGUUCUCCGAUUGAUUCACGCAUUUUGCGAGGCAGCUCCAAUGCUCCUCCUCCAACUGUACCUCCUCUCAAUAGGAAUCGGUAACAACGUGGUGAAGGAAGGAAGAUCCGAACUAGAGUCAGAGACCUGGGAUGCCAGUAAAUUGGGUGAACUAACUGCUGUCUCCGCAGGUUUAUCCCUGUGGAGUGUUUGUUGGGCAGUGGCAAGUUUCAGUAAAGGUGCUGCAAGGCUCAGGAACUUGGAGCGCCUAGUGCUCACCUGGCUGGGAGUGCUGGCCCAGCUAGCAUGGCGACUGGGGACAGUCAGUGCUAGAGUGGGAGCCCUGGUUGUCUAUGCCUCCCUGUACGGAGGUCAAUGGCUGCUGAUUGUAAUGGCUCUCCACUGGCUGUCGAUGCUCAUGUGGCUGUUGCUGACCCCCGAUGGCCUCUUCCACGGUGGUGAACGUCUCUCCUUCAGCAGGAAGGCCUUCCUUGCAUCGCUUUUAGCCUUCGUCUACGUAUUCGCAUACGUCAAUCUCCAUGAGACCAAUCAUCGACAGAAAAUGCUCAUAUUCUACACUGUUAUGUUCCUGGAGAAUAGUCUGCUGAUCGGUGUGUGGGCAGUGGGGAUAAAUGAAAAUCACUUCAGGCUUCCCAAUCAACCGAAACCGGCGAUUCUGGUUUUAAUUCUGAUCGCAUUGUUCUUUGGGGGAUUGUGUUUCAUGGCCCUGUACUACCGAUUUUUUCAUGUCAGGAGAUUGAGGUAUGAGGCAGGGGGAAGGAUGAGUGGAAAUAGUGCUGCUACAACUCUCUCCAGUCAUGGCAAUAAUGAAGAGAAACGAAUGGAUUAUUAUGACACGAAGAAAUUAUCAAACGGUUUGAACAUCAGCAUGCAAAAGGUGAAGUUGAGUAACAACGGAAUACCUGGAGUGUUCAACUGUCGCUUUGCCAACCCCGCUGUCUCCAAUCUCAACCGAAAGAAGAAGAAACCAACGACGUUUGUACCGCCCCCACCACCACCCCAGGCACUAGGUGACACGAAACAGUGGAAUAAUAGUAAAACGAAUACCAAACAAUUGAUUCCAUUUUGGAAGCGACCGCUGUCGAUCGCCGAUAAUUACGAAGACGAUCAGAAUGACAAGAAGACCGAUGUAGAUCGUCCAGUGGGCUCAUUAAACAUCAACUUAAUUCGUGAAAAAUUGCGAGAGAAGAAGCAGCAACAGUUACGUGAAUUACGCGCUAUUCAGGAGGAAAUAAGAGAGGGUAAAUUGGUGCCACCUCCAUCGGCAUCAGCUACGUCACUCUCCUCCUCAAUUUCGGCGGCUAAUCAACAACCCCCGCCGAGUGCAAAAUUACACACAUCUCCAAAUUCAACUGUAUGUCAGGUGUCUGCGUCGUCGUCUCCGAUGCGUGAUGCUGGGAAUGGGGCACCUUCAUGGCCACCGAUUAAAAUGCAUUGUUUAUUACCCCCACCGCCGUCUUCCUCGUUUCAUCCUGUUACACAUGGGUCUAAUAUUUGGAAGGACCUGGAACAGCGGGAGAGACACGAUACUUCGGAAAUUUUACUGGCUCCGAGGUGUUUACCACUGGCUUCGGGACAUCAUUAUCCUCAUUGGACUCCUGAGCAGAGUCAAAAUGGGGAGGACGAUAGUUCUAAAGGUGAGCAAGAGGCUGGAGAAGAGGUGAGUGACAUGGAGGGUAGUCAAGAUUCCCUUCCGAAAAGCCAUACGCUUCCACGAGAAUUCAAAUACAACAACGAAACUAAUCAAGUUCGAGAGCGGCGGGUUUACGCGAAUCGGCCGUAUUCUUCGAGGUUUUUACAGCCUUCGAAUAACAGUUCUGAUGGUGACGUCGACAGUGCCGAUAAUGACGAAGAAACAGAUUCAGAGCUCCAGGGGGAUGUGAGAAAUCUCCAUGCCCUCGGCCACGAGAACGACGUGCAAAGGCGAUUUGCAUUCGAAACCGAAGAAACCAUUGAUCAUGGUAAUCACGCGGCCAAUGGUGUACUCACGUCCAUGGGAACUCUCUGUUAUUUAAAUAAUUCGUAUGCCUCCAGGAUGAACCAAAUGCUCAAAGUUAAAGUCAAGCAUGAGACUAAAUUGUGAGAGGGCAGCUCGAAUAUUUUCGCAAAAACAGGAUUAUUUUUAGUGUUUAAUACGUGCGAGAAAAAUGCAUACGAAAAUAUUUCCAAUUCGGAGAAAAAUUCUAUGGAAAAUACUAGGAGCAAUUCAUUUUUAAUCAAUAAUUAAUCAUUUUCAGUUGGAUAAUUUUCUCACGAUUUGGAUACAUUUUUUAUGCAGUUUUUUAUACGUAAAAUUAAGGAGAUUUAACAAGACUGGUUGACAAGAAGAGAGCAACAAUUUCCUCGACAAAAUAGAACAUUGAAUUCCGUCCAAAAUGUGUAUCACUAAUAAUACAUGUGGGAAGAGGUCACAGCUGGGGUAUUUUAGACCACUUUUUGACUGAGAUGUAGCGUUCAUCAUACUUUUAUUAGAGUAAUCAAGCAGUGUACAAAUCGUCAGCACAUGGUGUGCAGAAACACAAUUGAAGUCGAAUCCGAAGGAACAAAAAUUAGUAAAUCUCAAAUACUUCGAUUCCCAUAACUCUGUCUGUAAUCUAGAAUCGUACUUGGAUAUUUCAAAUCGCCAGAUAUUUAGGAAAAGUGCCUAUUGUUUUUAUAUAUAUUCUUUUAUACUAUUUGUAAAUAAAAAUGCCUUGUGCUGAAUUUACAAUGGCGAAAUAAAACUGCGAGAAAUGCGAUUGUUA